CCUUUGAUCUCCCACUCUCACCGAUCCCUACCGAAAGCUUAUUCUCACGAUUAAUAUAAUAUACCCGUGGACCUGACCUAUAUUGUCCUUACUAUCCUUACUAUCCUUACUACACUGUAUUCCCUGAAAAGCUUCCGCUUCAAAGUAGCCAACCCCUGGGUUGAAGAAUGCGUCUCAUUCAAUCCUCAACCCUUGCCUUUGGGCUGACUGCAACCGCGAAUUUUGCUGCAGCGCAGGCACAAUUUCUUGUUAGUGAGCUUAGUUUCGGCUAUACGGGCAGGAUAAACGAUCGAGGCCAAGCAAGUGUACCGGGGUUUUCCAUACAGGGCAUACCGAACGCCCCCGAAGUCCUUUCCAACAAGUUGAUCCUCACUCCGCCAGCUCCAGGGAAUACUCGAGGCGCAGUAUGGGCUGAUCUGCCAAACAAAUAUUCGCAAUGGGUGGCCGAUGUUGACUUGAGAGUAAACGGCCCUGAAAGGGGAACUGGUAACCUCAAUAUCUGGCUUGCGAGACAAGGACCCCAAGAAAUUGGAUCAUCUAGUAUUUAUACGGUCAACAGAUUCGACGGUCUAGCUCUCGUUCUGGAUCAACACGGCGGUUCGGGGGGUAUGAUCAGGGGCUUCUUGAAUGACGGCACUACCGACUUUAAGACACACCAUAACGUGGACAGCUUAGCGUUUGGACAUUGCAACUAUGCCUAUCGCAACCUGGGCCGGCCCUCUCAGAUCAAGCUGAGGCAAACACCUCAAGUGUUCAAGGUGGAGAUUGAUGGUCGGCUAUGUUUCGAAAGCGACAAGAUCUCGAUCCCUCCAGGUUACUUCUUCGGUAUCACGGCAGCCGCAGGCGACAAUCCCGAUUCCGCCGAGAUAUUUAAGCUUGUAACCAUGACGGAAAAUUUAGAUGCUAGGCAGGAUGCGCCCACACAACAGGGACAACAAAAUCAGAAUCAGAACCAGAACCAAUACCAGAACCAAAACCAGAACCAGAACCAGAAUCAGAACCAGGGGCAAGCGCAGGCGCAAACGAGUUACGGCCGCAGAAAUGAUAACCAGAAUAGCCAGAACAACCCUAACACGGAUAACAUGUUCGACGACUCUAUUCCCGACUCUAUGGCCGACUCUAUCACGAGCUCCAAAGCUCAAUUCGCAGACCUUCACAACCGUCUGCAAAGUACCAACCACCAUCUUUCAACCAUAUUUCGCCAAGUUGCUAGUCUGGGCAACCUCGGCGAGAAGCGACACGAAGAAGUUUCAAGAUCGGUGGAUGAUGUGAAGCAGAUCUUAUCGAGGUUAGAUAAACUUGACUCGCUCCAGAACGAGAUUUCGAAGAUGCAGCGAGAGAUGCGGGAGAUGCGAAACGAUAUCAAUUCGAAGGUAAAGGAAUCGGAGCAUGCGGUGAAGAGCUUCAUGGGCACACACCACGGCAGCAUGUUAGAGCAUGUGGCGGUACAGACGGCGCCGAAGCACGGAAAGCUCAUAUUCAUCAUUAUUGGAAGUCAAGUAUUAAUAGUGGGCGCCUACAUCUACCACGAACGGAAGAAGGCGAUGCCAAAAAAGUAUCUAUGAGUUUAACAGGUAAUAUGGGAGACGAUACAUUGGGUGUUGGGCGAGAUAUGGCGCGAGACCUGGUAUAAAAUACGUACCUAUCUACUUGGAUGUGGAAUGAAUUUUUUUUAUGGCUUGACUGUCUUUCAACAUGCAUGAAUACCUAGCAGAGGUAUAUUAUCCUAGAUCCUCAAUGCGUUCAUGGGCUAGCCAGCCCCUGGCUAGAAUGUAUCACGGCUACAACGCAUAGUAAUUUCGUAAUGAAUCUAAACCUAAGGUUGAUAUUACAUAUCUUCAAGACCAGAAUUUCCCCUCACACUAUGUAUUUAGUAGACGAUAAAGAUGAUGAAGAAAAGAAGAAGGAUGAGGAUGAAGAAGGAUAAGUAUCCCGAUAUACAAACUCCAAAAAAACGAAUGCUAAAACCUAUCAAGAGAUACACAGCUGCUGACUACCUAGGUAGGUAGUU